AACUGUUUCAUAGCAACUAUUUGUGAGCUACUCGUUAAACGCACAGUACAUUUUAAUAUCUGUCAUUUGAGCACACAAAAUUGAAAUUCAAAACGGCUAGCCAGACUUUUUCGACCACAUUUUUGCUUAAUUUCCUCUCCAAGCAUCAUUUCCCAAUCUGUCUAACAAAUCGAUUAUUCAUUCUGUGUCCAACUUUGAAGGGGCGAUCGUUGAUAAUCCAAUCCUAACAAAUCUAUGGGCCAUCGAAAUUUUUGCUGCGAUGGCUGUCAAACUCACAAUUUCCAUGGCAGACGAUUUCACUGUUUACGCUGCGUAAACUAUGAUCUGUGCGGAGAGUGCUAUGACCAGCAUGUGGAAACGCUGGAUCAUCGUGUUGAGCAUCCCAUGCAGCUGCUUAUCGAGCUGGAUCGUCACCAUCAGCAGCUGCCCGAACUGCUGCUCAAUGGUGAGCUGCUUGAGCUGAUGCAUCUGCCCAAUUGUUAUACGUGCCCCUACUGCGGCAUCUUUGGGCACACGGCCAAGGAGCUGAUCGAUCAUGUUGUGACCAUGCACCGCCAGGCGGACAGCCAUGUAGUAUGUCCCAUGUGCGCCGGUCUUCCGGGCAUUGAGCUGGUGGCCAUACGCAAUCUGGCACGCCAUUUGCUGCUCAACCACAUCGAGCACGCCAAUCUGCUGGAUCCGCAUACACCGCCACUGCGCCACGCUUUGACCCGAGUGUCGCGCCGUCGGCGGCGCCAGCAGCUACCGAAUACGGGCAACCAGAAUGCCAGCAACAGUCGCAGCUCAGCACGCUCCAAUAGCAGCCGCAUGGACUCUGAAGCUGGCAUCGAUAUACUCUAUCAGCUGUCCGAACUGAGACGCCUUCGCCCGGAAUUGCGCUUCAGCCAGACGCCAACCAAUUACCUAGAAGGGGACUCACGUUCACGGCCCACUGCCCUGGCCAUUGCUAGUCCCGAGGCGCUCACCAAUGGCCCAGCCCACUUGUGCGCCAAUGAUGGGGGCGGCUCUGCUUUGUUAUUGGAUCACUCGGAGGCAGAUCGGUUUUUGCUGCAACAGUGGAUGGCUGAGCAGCACGCAGACGUGGAGGCAACCCGGCGAGACAAUCUCCAGCGGCAGCAACACGCGAUCUUCACCGAGCAUCUUCUGCUCUCCAUGCUGUGUGAUGAGCAGCUGCAGCUGCCACACAAUCCCCAAUCCCAAUCCCUAUCCCAAUCCCAAUCCCAAUCCCAACUACAACCAUCACCGGUGUCAGAUUGUACGCAGCAUUUGCUCUUUCCAGAGCUGGAUGACGAUGCACAGCCGCUAGAGAAAAAGAAUGAAGAUUUGCUUUCUCUGCUGCCGUGCAAGUAUAUACCAUCCCAGAUCAUGAUGCUAAUGUCGCUACCUUGGAUCAGGCCCUGGUCAACUCAAAGUAAACUGCGCUACAUUGAGCUGCAAGGCGUCACCUUAGACGAGAGCACGCUACCUGUGGCUGAAGAACAAGAUAUCGAUUAACUGUUAUCAUUCAAAAAACAAAAAAAAA